AUGAAGACUCUUACAAACUUUGUCUACUUAGCCAUUUUCGUCGGCCUAUUGGACUCACCGGCGAUCAAAAUUGCGGCAGGAUUCGAUUAUGGAGAUGCCCUUGUUAAGAGUUUGAUGUUCUUUGAAGCACAAAAGUCUGGUAAACUACCAGCUAAUCACCAAGUCAACUGGAGAGGGGAUUCUGGACUCAGUGACGGGUUUCAGCAGCAAGUAGAUUUGGUGGGAGGGUAUUAUGAUGCAGGUGAUCAUGUGAAAUUUGGACUACCAAUGGCUUUCACAGUAACAAUGCUUGCAUGGGGAGCUAUUGAUUUCAGCCAUGAAAUAGCUGGUGCCAAUCAAAUGGGAAACACCUUAGAUGUCAUCAAAUGGGGAACUGAAUACUUCAUCAAGGCUCACUCUCAGCCUAACGUUUUAUGGGCACAGGUUGGAGAUGGUUAUUCUGAUCACUAUUGUUGGGAGAGACCAGAAGACAUGACGACACCAAGAACAGCUUACAAGGUAGAUGAACAACAUCCAGGGUCUGAUGUUGCAGGAGAAACAGCGGCAGCCAUGGCUGCAGCAUCAUUGGCUUUCAAGCUUUACAAUUCUACGUAUUCAAGCCUCUUGCUAGCGCAUGCUAAACAGCUUUUCUCAUUUGCUGAUACUUUUCGAGGUCGGUACGAUGACUCGAUCACAUGUGCUCGAGAGUUCUAUCCCUCAUCUGGUUAUUCAGAUGAAUUGUUAUGGGCUGCUACCUGGCUCUUCAGAGCAACAGGAGACCAAUACUAUCUCAAGUAUGUCUCUGAUAAUGCUGGUGCCUUGGGUGGCACUGGAUGGGGUAUGACAGAAUUCUCUUGGGAUAACAAAUAUGCUGGUGUACAGAUCCUUCUUUCUAAGGUAUUAUUGGAAGGGGCUGGUGGCUAUUACAGUUCUACUCUAAAGCAGUAUAAGGCAAAAGCAGAUUUUUUUGCUUGUGCCAAUCUGCAAAAGAACAAUGGCUAUAAUGUGCCUUUGACUCCAGGGGGCUUGGUGUAUUUGCACCAGUGGAAUAACUUGCAGUAUGCCUCAUCUGCUGCAUUCCUUCUCGCAGUCUACUCUGAUUAUCUUUCUGCAGCAAAUUCUGUGCUAAGUUGUCCAGGUGGCCAAGUCCAAGCUGAUGCUCUCAUGAAGUUUUCUCAAUCACAGGCUGAUUACAUUCUUGGAAACAAUCCGAAGUAUAUGAGUUACUUGGUUGGGUUUGGAGAGAAUUAUCCAGCUCAUGUUCACCAUAGAGGUGCUUCAAUUCCUUCUCUAUAUUCUCUCCGAUCUACCAUUGGCUGUGUCCAAGGGUUUGAGGAAUGGUAUAAUCGUCCCGAGGGAAACCCCAAUGUUUUGGUUGGAGCUCUUGUGGGAGGUCCAGACAAGUCUGAUGGCUUCCUUGAUGAAAGGUCAAAUUAUGAACAAACAGAGCCUACUAUUUCUGGUUCUGCUCCUCUUGUAGGCCUCUUCUCCAAGUUGCAGAGUCUCAUAGGAACUUCAGGUUCUUAUCACAAGCCAUCACCAGUGCCCCAACAUAAACCAUCGCCAGUACCCCACCACUAUACAGCACCAGUACCCUACUAUGGAAAAUCAAAGGUACCAGUUGCAUUCCUUCACUCCAUAACUGCUACCUGGAGGAUCGGACGAAUGGCCUACUAUCGCCAUAAGGUUGUCAUAAAAAACACAUCCAUGAAGCAAAUCACAUACCUUAAACUGGCUUUUGAAAACCUAUCAGGGCCAAUAUGGGGCCUUUCGGCAAUUGCAGAGAAGAAUGUGUAUGAACUUCCUCAUUGGAUCAAAGUAUUGAAACCUGGUUCAGAGUGCAUCUUUGUUUAUAUUCAAGGAGGACCUCAAGCCAAGAUUUCAAUUUUAAGCUACUAUUGAUCACACCUGAAGAGGAUUCACACUCACAUAUAGUGAAAGGAAAUAGAAUUUUCAUGGUUCUAUGAGGUUCAUAUACUGUCAAAUAUAUAGUU